AUGAGCGGCGUCGACUGUAGCAGUUGCAGUUGGAUCGCCAGCAUUAGCCGCCGCAGCCGUCGCCGAAGCAGCGUCCCCAUCGGCAUCAGUAGCAGUACCUCAUCGGCCGCUCGCACCAUCAGCAGCACCACCGCCAUCAACACCACUCCACUGCCUGACGACGCCAUCGGCAGGAGGCAGCAGCUCUAUCGCCAAGGCGCACGGUCGAUCCCUUCAAACGCACGUUUGAUGCGAUUGGGUCGCCAACGGCAGCAUCGGUCGUUGUUGCUGCAUCAACCUCCUACAACCAUACCAGCCAGUACCAGCAGCCCCGUCGACGUCGGCCAUGUCGCAGGAUACACUGGGGGACUGCUCGCGCUAUAUUCUGCAGAGUGCAACGUGUUAGCGACUACAACGAACAACAGUGUCGGCAACGUAAAGGAAAAAUCGCCCAAAAAUAUCAACCAACCAACGAGACCAUCGAUAAAUCAGUCCGCAACGAUGGAACCUUCCGAACUCGCGAACGUGACGUCUACGGGCAGCGUUCGCAAGAGAGCCCCGUCCAAACGAGGCGAAACUAUGCCGCCACAAUCCACCACCACCACUGGAACCCACACCCACACCACCAGUGAAAGUGAGAAGAAGCGUCUCGCGAGACUUUCGCGGCUUUACUACGACGAUUUCGUAACGCUGGACACGACGAUUAUGCUGAAGGUCUACGUCGGUGCACUGUCGCUGCACUAUGAGGCGCUCAGUGUGGAGGCAUCGAAGCAGACCACGGCGGAGGAGAUCGUUUCCUGCAUCGUCGAACGGCUGGGGCUAACGGGAAACAACUAUGAGCUGGCGGAAGUGGCCGGCGAGUGCAAGGAAAGGCGACUUUCCGCGCACGAAAAACCCGUCUCCGUUAUGCUGCUGUGGCCGAUGCACUCGGAGAAAGAUUUUCAUAGAUUCUAUUUACGUGAAAUACAAAGCGACGUUCCUUGGCUAGAUAGUUAUGGACUCGAUCCACAGAUACUUAGAGACUUUAUACCGUUUCUGUUGCAGAAAGAAAAUAGAGAAUAUCCUGACCUGUGCCAACUUCCAGAUCUUAAUGAAGCGACGCUUCUCGAAAACCUGCGCCAACGGUUCGAAGCCGGCCACAUCUACACCUACGUCGGUAGCAUCCUGAUCGCGGUGAACCCGUUCAAGUUCCAUCCGAUCUACAAUCCAAAGUAUGUGCGGCUCUACCAGAACCAGCGGAUUGGGCCGAUCCUGCCGCCGCACAUCUUCGCCAUCGCUGACAACGCUUACUACAACAUGCUGAAGGAGAAACGCAACCAGUGCAUUGUUAUCAGCGGCGAGAGUGGUUCGGGCAAGACGGAAAGCACCAACUUCCUGCUUCACCAUCUGACGGCCCUGUCGCAGAAGGGUGCCCAUGGGUCCGGCGUGGAGCAGACGAUCCUUAGCGCCGGACCCGUGCUGGAAGCGUUCGGCAAUGCGAAAACGGCGCACAACAACAACAGCAGCCGCUUCGGCAAGUUCAUCCAGGUGAACUACCGCGAGAACGGCAUGGUGCAGGGUGCGGUCGUCCAGAAGUAUCUGCUCGAGAAGAGCCGAAUCGUGUCCCAGGGCCACUAUGAGCGCAACUACCACGUGUUCUACUAUCUGCUGUCUGGUGCGACCGAAACGGAGCGGGACGCGCUGCAUCUGCUGCCGGCCGAAAAGUACCACUACCUGAACGCGAAGAAUCUCACGCUGGAGAACUGCGACGAGAAGUACGAGUUUUCGCGCCUGAAGCAGAGCAUGGAGAUGGUGGGCUUUUCGGCGGAGAAGCAGCGGCGGCUGUUCAACGUGCUGUCGGCCGUGCUGCUGCUCGGCAACGUGGAGUUCUUCCCGAAGAAGUCCACCUACCAUCACGACGAGAGCGUCCAGGUGCGCAACCCGGACGUGGUCGGGCUGAUCUCGGAGCUGCUGCGCGUGAAGCAGGAAACGCUCAUGUCGGCCCUCACGUCCAAGCGGGUGAAGGCGAGCGGCGAAACGCUGAUCAUGCAGUACAAGCUGCCGGAGGCGAUCGCGGCCCGGGAUGCGCUCGCCAAGUGCCUGUACGGGGCACUGUUCGACUGGAUCGUGCUGCAGGUGAACCACGCGCUGCUGAACAAGGACCAGGCGCUGCACACGGGCCACUCGAUCGGGGUGCUGGAUAUAUUCGGGUUCGAGGACUUUGGACCGCAGAACAGCUUCGAACAGCUGUGCAUCAACUAUGCAAACGAGCAUUUACAGUAUUACUUUAAUCUGCACGUGUUCAAGUACGAACAGAAGGAAUACAAGCGCGAGGGAAUCAAAUGGACUGAUAUAGAAUUUCUAGACAAUUACGGCUGUCUACAGCUGUUCGAAUCGAAACCAUCCGGUUUGCUGUGUAUACUGGACGAUCUGUGCAAUUUUCCCGGUGCCACCAACGAAACGUUGCUGCAAAAGUUCAACAGUGUUCACAAGGAUAACGCAUUUUACGAGAAACCACAGCGCAAGGAGAACGCAUUUAUCAUUAAACAUUACGCUGGCAAGGUGAAAUAUCAGGUGGCCGAAAUGCGUGAAAAGAAUCUCGACCUGAUGCGGCAGGAUAUCGUGAGCGUGCUGAAGAACUCCAGCAUGGCGUUCGUCCGGGAGCUGGUGGGGGCUGACCCGGUCGCCGUCUUCCGGUGGGCCAUUCUGAGGGCAUUUUUUCGCGGCUACUUUGCGUUCCGGUCGGCCGGCAUCAAGCACCGGAAGGAGCGUGCGGACAUGUCGUUCAACAAGCUGGCCACCAAAACACGCUACCGUGCACCGAACGAUAGUAUCGUAAGCCACCUUGUGACGGUCUCAUCGGUGAACCUAACAAUCAAUCGUAUUGCCAAACGCAUCAGCAAUGCCAUGAGUGACAUCACCUCGGGCCACAACCACCAUAGCGGCAACCCGGCAGCAUCGUCUCCCACCGGCGGUGGCGGAAACAAUCUUGCCUACCACCGCCAAUCGCUCGGUAACGCGGGCUACAACAGUACCACCGGAUCGAUGGCCUCGGUCACCGGUCCCGGCGGCACACCCCGUCGGUCCUGGUCAAGCUUCGCGUUCAACAACAAAAACUUCCCCGACGGAAAGCUCAACUACGAGUGCCAACAGCUGCAGGACUCUCCACAGCAGCAGCACGGAAAGCAUCAUCCAUCCUCCUCGCCCGGCGGAGGUUCCUCCUCAUCGCUGUCGUCCGCGUAUGGCAGUAACAACGGUGGAAAGCAUUCGUCAGCCACCGGGAACAUUUCGUCGCCGGGAUCGACAGUCGGAGGCGGCGGGGCAGCCGCUGGCGGUGGAGGUGGAAAAGGAUAUGGGUUAGGUUCGGCUGCAGCCCGGCAUCGCUUCGAACGCUCCGGUCAGGACGUGAUGGCUCGUGCGUCGCAAAUCGUGAUGAAAAACAAAUCAUUUCGUCCCCGGGAGCGGCCGAAGAAGGGCCUCAAGAAUCUCCAGUCGGUGAAGACACUUUCGGCCGGGCAGAACCUCUCCAAUCAAACAUCUGCCAUAAAGACACGCAAGCAGCCGCUAACCGUAACGGCACAGUUUCAAAACUCGCUGAUCGCACUGAUGGAAACGUUAAAUCAGGCAAACCCAUUCUUCAUUCGGUGCAUCAAAUCGAACCCGAACAAAAUCCCGAACCAGUUUGACGAUGCAACCGUUACGAGACAGCUCCGCUAUACGGGCAUGCUAGAGACAGUCCGGAUCCGGCGCGCCGGCUACAACGUGCGUCUAACGUACGAGGAGUUCAUCCAGCUGUACCGCAUCCUGCUGCCGAAAGGACUGGUCAGCUCUCAGAAGGAUGUGCGCGACUUUAUGAGCACGAUGGAUCUGAACAAGCAGCACUACCAGCUGGGCGUGACCAAAAUCUACAUGCGCGAGUCGCAGAAGAUGCGCCUCGACAUCUCGUUGCACACGAAAAUCAUCGACAGCAUCAUCUGCAUCCAGCGCUGGUUCCGGGCGAUUCUGCAGCGCAAAAAGUACUGCCAGUACCGGACGGCGGCCUGCACCAUCCAGUCGUACUGGCGCGACUACCUGCGCGAGAAGCAGGAAAAGUUCACGCGCAAGAUACGCAUCCACGCGGCGACCGUCAUUCAGGCGACCUGGCGCGGCUACACGGUGCGCAAGUGGUACGACAAGCUGAAGAAGGGUGUGCUGGUCGUGCAGGCACGUAUCCGCGGUCAACAGGCCCGCUCUCGCUUCAAGGAACUACUGAGCAAGAAGCGCGAUCGGGCGAAACUGCGUUCGACGCAGAGCCUGCCGGUGGAACGCCCAAUCGGUUCGACGGCGGCCGGCGGAUCCUACGGUGGUGGUGGCGGGGGUGGAUACGCGGAAGUGGUGCACGCGAUCGAGCAUCGGAAGAAACCGAUACCGGCCGUCGUGGGCCUAAGUUUCGAGACGGCGAUCGAUAUCGUGAACAAAAAUCGGGCCCUCUUCGCGGACGACAGCAUGUCGGCGGACUUUAUCGACGACGACGACGACGAUGAUGAAGAGGAGGAGGACGAGGAGGAGGCAGCGGGAAGUGGUGGUGGUGCCGCCACCGCCGCCGUGAGAGAACCAGCGGCCGUGGCAGGCCAUGACGAGGAGGAGGACGAAGACGAUGACGAGGAGGGUUACGAAGACUUGGGCCUAGUGGACUAUCCGCACCCGCUGGCGACCCGAGCUGCGGCCGCAUUACAUCAAGGCCCCGUUGUUGGCUCGAAGCCACAAUCACCUCCUUCGGGGCCAGCGAACAACAGCGCUUUAUUAGAUAGGAAUGAAAGGUAUAUAAAAAAUCUGGUCAUUUCGUCGGCACCACCGCCGAGCGGUGGUGGUGGUGCGGCAUCUGCGUCCACAGCGUCGCCAAGCAAUAAUAGCAGUCCGUACCAGAAGACACCACUGCAGCGACAGGACGACGUUUUGGAUCGGCCCCUCCGGAUGUACGACAUCGAGCGCGCCAGCAAGAGCACCUUCGACGACACGGAGCUGGCCAAGUACCGGUACGAGCGAGGUGGUGGUGGUGUGAGCAGCACGGCCAAGUUGCCCGUACGCCGUGUCGAUUCCGGACCGUCCACGGUGGCGGGUACCGCCGGUAGUGGUAGUAGCCGCCCGGGGAUGCAGCGGUUUCGGUACGGCGACACCUCGGCGUCGUACGGCGUUGGUGGUGGCAUGAUUCGAAAUCAGAACCACAGCAAUAAUAGUUAUAGUAAUAGCAACGUGGAAAUCGUGUUUGUAAAUACGGGACUAGAGAAUGUCGUCGCCGGCACCGCGUCACCAUCGUCGUCGCUGUCCUCUCCGGCCACAAGGAAUCUCAGCCAGCGCAACAGCAUUAGCAGUGGUACGCUGACGCACACCCAGCCGCACCCGGCAAUGGCGGCCGCCAGCAUGAUGCGGCGGGAGUCACUGCCAUUCACCCACACGCACAUGAGCUCCCGCAGGGACCGGGACCAGGGAGACGAAAUCAACUCGAACUACAAUCUGCUACAGCAGCAACAGCAACUGAGCCACCUUCAUCAAACGCAAUCGACAACGUCGGCGACCUCAUCGUCAACGUCAUCCCUAAUACCGCACUCCUCCUCUCAGUCACUAUCGUCGGCAAGCUCGACGACCGGAGGGCACAUCGGUAACUAUCAGAAUCUACAGUUCCCUCAGACCAACAAUUACCAACAAAAUAAGCACCACCACCACCAUCAGCAGAAGCAGCACCAACAGUCGGUUUACAACAACAACACACCACCUGCCAACAGUGGCACGAAAAUGUCCACCUCGUCGUCGUACGGCACCAGUAACACCAGCUCCGGUGGCCAGUACGGUGGUAAUAGUGCUGCGGCCCCAACAUCAUCGUCAUCUUCCGCCAUCAACAACCAGCGGGUGUCGGCGGUGUACCCGGACGAUUUCGCACAGAACUACUACAACACGACUACGACGACACCGAAGGGCGCUGGCAAGGCUGCCCUCAUACUCGGGACCGCCAAGUCGGAGGACAGCAGCUUUGCCGGUAGCAGCAACAUCAUGUACAAUCUGUCCACGCUCGGCAAAGCGGACAGUAGUGACAUGGUGCUGGGUGGCGGAGGAGGAGGAGGAGGCGGUAGUAAACCGACCUCCAGCUCCAGCAGCAGCCGCCGGGGGAUCAAAUCGACGAAUCUCAGUGAGGAACAGCUUGGUGGCGGAAGUUCGGCCGUCAGCUACCAUCCUGGCACGGGCCUAACGAGACGAGGACCGGUGGGUAGUAGCAAUCCGGGUGUUGCUGCAAGCGGUAACACUACGAACGCCAGCUCGGGAGCCAGUGGCGGUGGCGGUGGCGAUACGCUUAAGCGGCGCAAUUCGGACCCGGCAAACAACAAGAUUCCGCUGCUCGAGGUGAACCGGGGCAACGACAUGUACCAGUCGAGCACGCGCAUCAACAUCGCCGGCCACCAGUUCCGGAAGGUGCAGCGCAUCAACAAGGCGGAGCGGUGUGCCUGCUGUCAGGAGAUCGAUUCGUUCGUGAACGAGGGCUACCGGUGCCUGGACUGCAAGGUGCUGGUGCACACAAAAUGCAUCCAGAACGGGGGCAUCAAGUCGCUCCAGUGUGCGGCGGCCAAGCGCUCGAAACGCAUCCGCACCAGUGGCGGCGGUGGUGGGCUUGGCAGCAAGCACGACAAACACCAGCCGAUCGCGGCCGGUUCGUCGUCCGGUGGAGGCAGCCAGAAGAUCUCGUCGACGCGCGAGUACACCGAUUCGACCGAUAAGAUUAUAAGCGAUGCCAAAGAGCUGCAGCUGAUGCAGGACUUCAUCACACAGAAGAUCUGCAAGAUGGAGAGCGAUUGCGAGAAGCCGUCCGAGGUGGACCGGGUGUUCAAGCAGGCGCUCCGCGAGUUCAAGGACAACCUGGUCGCGCAGUACAGCGUGGCGCACAAGCAGAACUCGGACGUGCUGAACAUCAAGUACCGCGAUCUGAUCGCCAACUUCGAGCAGGUGAUCGAGACGACGUCUGGGCGCAAGAACGACUUCCCGCUCACGAUGGGCGUCAAUGCGUUCCGUGGGUUUAUGAACGAAUUUAUGAACUCACGCGAAACGGAGAAACCGAAGACGAAGCGGAAGAAGGACAAGAAACGCAAGCACGAUGAUCACACCACGUUCAACGGACAUACAUUCCAGCUAACGAUACUCAACAUUGCGACGGCGUGCGAAAUAUGCCAACAGUUUCUCUUGUGGCCAAUCGAGCGAGGACUGGUGUGCCAAAACUGUAAGUUAACGUGCCACAAAAAGUGCUACCAAAAGUCGGCCUCGUGCAAUAAGAUUGCCAACUCGGACCCGAACGCGCUGCUGCACGGUGGCGGUGGUGGAAGCAGUGGAUCAGCCGUCGUAGCCGGUGGUUGCGGUCCGGACGGUCAACCCCUGUACGGUGGUGGCAUUCCGACGAAACUGUUCGGCGUGCCGCUGACGGCGAUGUGCGGCAGCAGUAGCGAUGGCGUUAAAAUUCCGGCCCAAAUCAACAAGCUGAUCAUGAUGAUCGAAAUGCACGGCCUGUACUCGGAGGGUAUCUACCGGAAGAGCGGCGUUAGCUCGAAGAUCAAGGAUCUGAAGGCGAAGAUGGACCGCGCGGUAACGAGUGCGGACGGGGGCGGCGGAGAGAUGGACUUCGAGUCGUACAACGUGCACGUGCUAACGAACGUGCUGAAGUCGUUCCUGCGCGAAAUGCCCGAACCUCUGCUAACGUUCGACCGGUACGAUGACUUUCUGCGUGCGGCCGACCUUUCCGACGGUAGCGAUCGGGUGCAGACGCUUCUGUCGCUGGUGAAAAAGAUCCCCCCGGCCCAUCACUGCCUGUUCGAGCGGUUGAUCUUCCAUCUGGCCCUGGUGGCGAAGCUGGAGCAGUACAACCGCAUGUCGGCCAGCUCGCUUGCGAUCGUGUUUGCGCCGUGCGUGCUACGCACCAACCGGUACGUGCCGGCACAGGACAGCCUGAACGACAUCGGACGGCAAACGAAGUGCAUGGAGACGCUCAUCACGCAGAAGAUGCUGAACGUGAAGAGCACGCUGGCGGACAUUGACACGCUCGAUACGGCCGCGCACACGGCUACGGCCCGCCUUAGCACGCUGCGCAGUAGCAAGGUGUUUACGCAGGAGGAAAUGGCGAAUGCGCGCGGUACUGGCAGCGGACUCCCGGCCGGUGGGCUGCUCGAGACGGAAACGGAGGAGAUGCUGCUCGAGGGUCACAUUCAAGAGAUACGCAAGGAGAAGGCCUUGCUGACCUCGACGUUGCCGAGUCUGGCACGGGCCAGCUCGGACGAUGAUCUGCUCUCGACCGAUCUGGAUGGGGAAGGAGGUAGUCUGGACGAUCUGAGCAAUAGCAAGGAGAAGGAUCUCGAUGUGAGCAGCAGCGGUGGUGGCGGUGGUGGUGGUGGAGGAGGUGGAAACAACAUGAUCAGCGACAGUGGCAUCUCGAUCCGCUACCAGGCACCCUCCGAUCACGGUGGUAGUAGUAAUGUUAGUCUUAAUAAUGACGUCCCGAUGGCUGUGAGUUAUUCGUUACGUGAUCAGAGCGGAGGAGGUGUCGGUGGUGGCAGUGGUGUGGAGUAUUUCCACAAGAUGGGCUCGAGUGCCACCGCCAGUGCGUCAUCAUCGGUCGUCGGAUCGUCGGCGGGGGUAAAAACGAAAUCUCUGUCCCAUCAAACACUGCUCGAGCGGGAAGCGUUCCUGCGCGGUAGCAACAACUCCACGUCGGCCUCCUCACCCCAGUCACCGACGGCUGCCACCUCAGCCAUCUCAGCCUCCUCGACGCCGUCGUCCUCCGCAUCGGCUCCUUCGAUGAUGAAAACGCAACAGAAUGGAAACCACGGUGGGAACGGUGCGAGCUCGUCCGGUGGUGCCAAUGCCAGUGGAAGUGGCAUCGUCAUCGGUGGCGGUACAUCGAUGGCUCCACCGGGCAACGGAGGAGGAGGAGCGGGGAAUAAACGGUCCGACAUUAACCUGAGCCACUCGAUGAUAACGCUCUCGACGACUUCGCACAGUCUCGGGGGCAGUACGACGAGCAGUAGCAGCAGUAGUGGGGUUGGUGGUAGCACCGGCAGCAGCAGCACUGGCAGCGGUAGUGACCUCCAGCGCCAGAAGCCCAUCAUCAUCCGGAGUGUUUCCGGCGGGUAUGAGGUAGGUGCUACCGGUGGUGGUGGUGGUGGAAAUUCCGCCUCAACGAACUCCUCCUCCAACCAUCGAACGAUCCUGAUCCAGUCGACGACGGUGGCAGCACCGUCCGGGUCCGCCGCUACCUCCACGUCCGCCUCCAGUUCGUCCAUCAAUUCGGCGAACCUUGCAAAAGACAAUAACAUGCCCAAGGAGGGAAAAAUGUCGUCACGUCGUAUGUCCUCGGGCCAUGGAAGUAAACGAUCCGGCGGAGGUGGUGGUGGUGGUGGUGGUUCAGCAGGUGCCAGCGGCGGCGGCGGUGCACAAUCAACAUCGACGACCGCUGGAGACGACGAACCAAUUAUGGUUUGAGAUUGAGGUCGCACAAAUGUCGAUACGAUCGAACAAAUCGCCGUGUCAUAGUGUGUAGUGAGAGGAAGGUCCUUCUCAAUCGCAGGAACUCUAGGUGUACUACCUUCAGAGUUUUCACAGCAGAUAACACAACACAGGACUUUCGAACAUCUCCCGGUUCCGCCGUCGUGUAUGUGUCCAUCGUGGAUCGGACGACAGGGUCCACAACGUGCAAAAAACAUGCGCAGUCCCAUGAUCGUCAACGCAGCGCAAAUCGGUCUUCGUUAUUACUUUAAUUAAUUUAUAAAUCAAAAAAACCCUAUCAAGCGAGCACAAGAUCAAGGGGAACGACACGAGGGAAACAGGAGAGCUGUUGAGAUUCACACACGCACACACGCUCACAAACACGACUGGUGGUGAAAACGCGACGCGAUGUAACAAACGAUGGGAAUGUAGAAUUUCGUGUCUUUUGCCCAACCCCCAAAAAAUACUCCCCACGGAAGUGUAUCUACGUUUCGGAGUGUUCGACACACAAACACACACACACAUCCAGAUACUAACAAGCCCCCUUUAUUUGUAGAGACAGUCAUAAUAUUCCCAAGGGGAACAGAAAUGGGCAUGCUUCGAUCAACGCAGAAAAAAAGAAGACAAGAGGCGCUCCAAAAUAUUAAUAAAUGAACAUGGAAGUGCAUUCGUUACGGACAAGCGUAGGCUAGGCUAGGCGGGUAGAAAACCGGGGAGCAAAUCAUCCCAUUUUCCGGUGUACUCUUCUUUUUAGUUAUUUAAACGCCACAUAACGCUAAAAGUGCAGUUUAUAGUGUAAGGAGUCUAUAGAACAUAAACAAAAGCCCAUGCUCAUCCAUACACAUCAACACACGCGGGCGCGCGCCCUGUUAAAUGAAAGGAGGUUUUUUGUUUUUGUUGACAAAACAACAAAUCGUUUAAGAGAAUAGGUUGAGGAUAGAAAUUAAAACAAAACACCAGAAGCAGUGUGGGGAAAAGAAGUUUUAUCCCAGUUAUGGGAAGCAGAAACUGAUGAGGAAUAUCUAGACCUUCCUAGGAAGAGAAGGGCCGUUAAAGCAAACAGCCUACUAUAGCAUCGUGCUCAUGAUCAUUGCCUUGGCAACGGAUGUUUUUGUUCGUCGGUUUAUGGAUUUUACACAUUCAAUCGUACGCCGCUUGUGUUGGUCUCCGACGGUGACUUUUUCAUUCUUGAUUUUUCAAUUAUUCUUUCACUGCGCAUUUUGACUAUUUCUCGGUGUCAAAAGUAUGAAGCGAAUGUGGGCGCACACUUUAACAGAGCAAUAUAUAAAUAUGAUAUACAUAUUAAACACAUAAUUAUACAUAUGUAAAUUUAAAUGUAUUGUUGAUGUAAGUAAAGACGACGUAAGAAACAAGAGCAGAAGAAGAAAAAACACACAUCUACACACAUAAACAAACCUGGGCUCUCGGGCGUGAACGAAUUGUUGACGGAGGUAACUGCCCGCGAACGCUUCCGUUUUUCCCCCGGCUAAAGGAGAACUAAACGAAACAAAACGGACAGGGAGGAACUGUGAAUAUACAACUCGGAACUGCGAUAAAAAUAUCUCGUUUAACCUUUUUUUUCUUGUUAGUUUGUGGUACAUCCUCUUGAAGUAUAUAAAAAAGCAGUUCGUCGGAGGAUCCUUUUCCAUCUUUUUUUUUUGUUUUAUUAACUUUGUGCUUCCUAAAGCUUAUCGCAGCACCGUAGUUAGUUAGUGGGGUGGGAACUAAAUAAACGACACCAUUUAGCAGUGAAUGAUCGAAUCGAAAGUAAUCUGAAAACAAUACAGAGACGAAAAUAAGAACAAU